GGGCAAUGUAUAUGGUGCUGCCCCACCGAGGUCUGCUGUUGGGUUCCUGUGAUAAGGUGCCGAUAUUGUUGAGGUAUUAUUUUCUGGAGCUCUGAAAUCGACUUCGGGAAUUGCGAGUUGUCUUUAACCCUGACACGACUGCCGUUGUCGAAUAUUGGCAAUUUAAGACUUGAAGACGCCUUUCUGCAAUUUCUUCUGCAAACAGUCUCAAACCGCAACCAUGGAAUCCAACCGCGCAAUUCCCAUUCUCAACAAAGCCCAAGAUGAGGGCUAUGGCAUACCGGCCAUGUGUUGCUACAACACGGAGGGCAUCCUCGCGACCGUCCGAGCCGCCGAAGCAAAGAAGUCGCCGGCCAUGAUUCUUCUCUUUCCCUGGGCGAUCCACUACGCGAACUCAUGCCUCGUGCACCUGGCAGCAGAAGCCGCGCGAUCGGCCUCGGUCCCUGUAACCGUCCAUCUCGACCAUGCACAAGACCCAGAGAUCGUGAAGAAGGCAGCCGAUAUGGGCGGCUUCGAUAGCAUCAUGAUCGAUAUGAGUCACUACGAUAAGGAGGAGAACCUGCGAUUGACGGCCGAGUUGACCAAGUACUGUCACGAAAGAGGCAUUGCCUGUGAAGCGGAACCGGGCAGGAUCGAAGGCGGGGAGGACGGCGUAGGCGACACGGAAGACCUCGAGGGACUUCUAACUACCCCUGAGGAAGCACAGCAAUUCGUCGACUGCGGCAUCGACUGGCUCGCUCCGGCCUUUGGCAAUGUCCACGGAAACUACGGCCCUAGGGGCAUCCAGCUGGAAUACGGCCGUCUAGAGUCCAUACGGCAAAAGGUGGGAGAUAAGGUCCGGCUGGUGCUGCAUGGAGCGGAUCCGUUCACCAAGGAGAUCUUUCAGAAGUGCAUUGGCCAUGGUGUCAGCAAGAUUAAUAUCAACAAGGUGUUAAAUAAUCCCUGCCAGGAGGUGUGGGCGGAGAAGGCAACGAAGGCUCCGUUUACGAGUGUUAUUGAGGAGGCGACGUUAAGGAUGCAGAAGGCUGUAGAGUCGUGUUGUGAUAUGCUGGGGUCGACUGGGAAGGCUUAAAGUAACCGUGCAACGGUGGCAUGCAAGGAGAAGCUGUCUUCGGUUUUGUGGUGAACGGAUUUCACUUGACGUAUACAAAGAUGGGGUUGUAGGAUGGAUGGGAGGAACUCAUUGUGGGAGGACCACUGGCAGCAACGCUUAGUUAGAGACUACCGUGUUUAAUCAGCUGGCGCACGGUUUCACCUGUCGCACACUUUCGCUAGAAUAUGAAAAUUUCAAUAUAAUAGCAACUCCAUCAAUAUGGACCCAAUUGAGG